UACCGACGGCGCGAUAGAGACGACAACACGGCGGCUUAUACCGUUAAAUGCAAAAUAUUUAAUUUCAGAACAAAAGAAAACAUAACGUCGUGCCAAUGUUUCGGGAAAUCGGGAUGGGUUUGGGGACGGAGACGAUGUCUAAUCUUCUCGCAGGCGCUGCCUGGGCAGCCGCUGAGGAGGGGUCCUGCGACCAUUUUGUAGGCGGGCAGUCGGUCGACCGGGAGGGGACGAACGGCCGCCGGGAUGUUGGAGCGAAUUCUCGGGCCCAGACACGGGCAGCUGCUGAAGAACUGGAUUCCAACUAUCACUACAUGGGGAGCUGUGGCUGGUGUACUGCUAGUCUACGCUACAGAUUGGAAAGUUGUAGUUAGCCGUAUCCCAUACAUAAAAGGAAAACUCAAGAGUGAUUGAAGAUUAACGGUUGUGGCUGAUGACUAGUGCUGAGAUGGGGAACAGUACGUCGAGAGAGUCGAAUAUAUCAAAUUAGAGUUGGAUGUAGAGAGACGAGGCUGUGUGGAAGCAUUCUGCACAUCAGCUCAGUUAGAGGACGAUAAGUAUUAUUUUAAUUUCUGUACUGCUACUACUCACCAGAGAUUUGUUUUUCCAUCUAUUUCAUUUGUGCUGGUUCUAAUAAAGUUUUUCCUUGUGACCUUGAACACAUGUGUCAUCUCCUUUGUUUGCAAAUACCCUGAGCUGAAGCAGGAAGGAACACAAUGAAUUUUAAAAUAAUUUUUGUUUACAUAGGUAUUGCGAUGUACUGCUGCCACAUAACAACAUAUUUCUUGACGUAUGCUGGUGAUAUUGUGAUUCUGAGUCAGUAAUCCUGCACUGCAGACUGUUUACUCCUGUGUCAUCCUUCCACUUUUUAUACAGGUUGAAAUUUAGCACUGUCAAUUUUUUUUUCAUUUCCUUUUGUAAUUUCACACUUUCCCCUGGUCCUUGUUUUUUUUUUAGUAAAUAACUAACCUUAACCUUGCCUUAGAAGACUAGCCCUUGAGUAAUGUGUUGGAAAGUGUAUUUUAAAAGAAAGGGGUAGUAAGUGCCAGACUUGAAUUUGCAUUGCCUAUUGAGCAGAUUUCUAGCAACAAAAUGAAUAGUAACUUUUGAGAGGAAUUAUAAAAGAUUUAGUCAAAGAAGUGAUCAUGAAAGAUGAUAUUAAAGGAAUCAAAAUCAGGUUUAAUAUCACUGGCAUACCAUGUGAAAUUUGUUGUUUUGCAGCAGCAGUACGGUGCAAUACAUAUGUAACACGCUGUAAGGUUUCACUGCUAAUGUAAUGGCCUGUCUGUAAGAUUUCACUGCUAAUGUAAUUGUUUCUCAGUAGCAGCAAUGUUUGAGUUAUAACGGGAGAUAACGGGGCUUUGGAAUGUGGGGGCUAUCCAAUGAGAGAAAUGUUCUUUCUUGUGGGUCUGGAAGAGAGAUUUUUGCAGUCUUUUGUUGGCGAGAGAAGAGAAGACACGUGUGGAGAGAGCUGGGAGACCACCGGAUAGAGUGGACUGGGAGCGAGGAUCCGAAGGUCGGCGACGCUCGGAGAUCGAUGAUUGAUGAAUGGCCGUAUUAGUGAGCUCCAACGUGCACGUUUGACUUUUUCCUUAAAAUGGACCCUUUUUCUUUUUAUUUUCUUUACGAACCCUAUAUUCAGAUUAAGAUUUAUAAAGUUCAAUCAUUUAAUUGCGUUUGGUGUACUGUCUGAUAUUUUGUGCUGCAGAUUUGUAACCGGGCAACACAUCACAUAGCAUCCACACAAAUGAGAUUUCUCAGUUUGGUGGGGCCAGAAGUUGUCUUCCCCUAGACAAACAUGUGCUGGCUGACCCUGAGGGUUACACAUAAUAAGAUAUAAAUUACAAUAAGAUAGAUAGAUAGAUAGAUAUUUAUUUAUUUAUUUAUUUAUUUAUUUAUUUAUUUAUUAAAUAAGUAGUGCAAAAAUAAUAGGUAGUGUAUAUGAGUUCAUUGUCCGUUCAGAAAUCUGAUGGUGGAGGGGACAAAGCCAUUCCUGAAACAUUGAGUGUAGGUCUUCAGGUUCUUGUACUUCCUCCCUGAUGGCAGCAAUGAGGAGAGGGUAUGUCCUAGGUGAUAGCAGAAACUGGUGUCCUCUGUAGGGAGUUUAUACGUCCUCCCCGUGGAAUGUGUGGGUUUACUCCGGGUGCUCCAGUUUUCUUCCACAGUCCAAAAGGCAUACCAGUCAUUAAGUUAAUUGCUUAUUGUCCCGUGUGUUGGCGUGUGGCCACGUGGUGAAGGCGUUCGUCUAAUGAUCUGAAGGUCGCUAGUUCGAGCCUUGGCUGAGGCAGCAUGUUGUGUCCUUGAGCAAGGCACUUAACCACACAUUGCUCUGCGACGACACCGGUGCUAAGCUGGUAUGGGUCCUAAUGCCCUUCCCUUGGACAACAUCGGUGGUGUGGAGAGGGGAGAUUUGUAGCGUGGGCAACUGCCGGUCUUCCAUACAACCUUGCCCAGGCCUGCGCCCUGAAAACCUGCCAAGGCGCAAAUCCAUGGUCUCACAAGACUAACGAAUGCCUAUUUUAUUUACUUAAAAUUGUCCUGUGAUUAGCUAGCGUUACUUAGUGGGUGGCUGGUGGCGUGGCUAGAGUUAAAUUAGUGGGUGGCUGGUGGUGUGGCUUGAAAGGCAGGAGGGACUGUUCUGCGCUGUAUUUCUAAAUAGACAAGUAGAUAAAUGUGUCAAUAGAUGGAUGGAUAAAUGAACAGAUGAAAUUGCAGAGAGCAACAUUGAAUAUUUGAAGAAAUGGCUGCCAAAAGUGAAAAUGAAAUCAUGACAACUGCUGGUCUGGGAGUUGGUUGCAGAGUUUGGAACUGGGAAGAAUAACGGAGAUGCAAGACACUGCAAAUGCUGUAAUGUGCAGCAACACACUAAAUACUGGAGGAACUUAGUGGGCCAGGCAGCAUCAGUGGAGAGAAUUGGACAAUCAGUAUUUUGGGCUGUGACCCUCAUCUGUACAGAUGAUUUUGUGCGUCACAUCGGGAAGAAUAAGCCCAUUGAGAGAUAAAGAUGAGAAAAAUAUUUUAAAAUAGAAUUGUUACAGCUGUUGGAUUGGACUGUGUAAUUGUUACUUUCUCAUAGAUUAACCUGUUUGUAUUUUUAUAUAAUUAUCUACAUACACAUAAUUGGUGUAUUUUCUAGUGGUUUCAGUUGCCUUAGUAACAACUUGGUUACAGUUGCAGUAUCACAUUUCUUGAAUGGGAGCAAUCUUAUUGGUUGAUUUAAGUAACAGAAUUUGAAUGGAAUAUGUUAUCUAUGGAAAUUCAGUCCAAUUAGCUAGCAGUGUAUGUUGGCUUUUUCCUCCGUCACUAGGAUCUCUCUCUCCCCUUUCGGCUUCUCUCUCUCCCUCUAAAUUUUAGUCCAAUUUUACAAAGUAUUAGUUUAUAGUUGUGGAUUCAUCCUCCGUCGGAUCCACGCCUGCAAUCGCCGUUUUUUUGACUUUGUCAUGUUAGGCAAAGAUCGCAAGAUCUUACAUCUACGGACUCCAGAGCCUGCCGGCCCCGACUCUAGCAGGCAUGAACUUUCAAUUGUGGCCCCUGCCAUUGAUCUCGGCGGCUCCAACACCUCAGGACAUAUUCAAAACCCGGACUCCAGCAACGACCAUGGACACAUUCGAAGUGAUUACGCAACCACCAACUGCAACUCCAACCUUGAACACCAGGCCGGGUCUUUAUGUGCUGCUGUUGUGACUCCCGUCUCCCCUUCCCCCACCACCACUCCGCA